GAGGCGUUUGCUGUUGUCCGAGAAGCUUCCAAGAGAGUUCUCGGCCUGAGACCUUUUGAUGUUCAGCUCAUAGGUGGCAUGGUGCUGCAUGACGGUCAGAUCGCUGAGAUGCGGACGGGGGAAGGGAAGACGCUGGUGGCUGUGCUGCCUGCCUACCUCAACGCCCUCACAGGCAAGGGCGUGCAUGUGGUGACGGUCAACGAUUACUUGGCUCGCAGGGAUGCCGAGUGGGUGGGGCAAAUCCACAAGUACCUCGGCCUUUCUGUCGGCCUCAUUCAACAGGGCAUGACGGCGCAGCAGAGGAGGGAGAGCUACGCGUGUGAUGUCACAUACGUCACCAACAGCGAGCUUGGCUUUGACUACCUCCGAGACAACCUUGCCACUUCCAAGGUGGACCUAGUUGUACCCUCCUUCAACUUCUGCAUCAUCGAUGAGGUUGAUUCCAUUCUCAUAGACGAGGCCCGCACGCCGCUCAUCAUAUCAGGGCCGGCAGAGAAGCCCAGCGAGCGCUACCUCGUUGCUGCGAAGAUCGCCGCUGCUUUUGAACGAGACGUGCACUUCACGGUUGACGAGAAGCAGAAGGUGGUUCUCUUAACAGAGAUAGGGUACGAGGAAGCAGAGCUAGUGCUCAAAGUGACGGAUCUGUACGACCCCAAGGAGCAGUGGGCGUCCUUCCUCCUCAACGCCAUUAAAGCCAAGGAGCUCUUCACCAAGGACGUGCAGUACAUUGUGCGCGACGGCGCGGUGCUUAUAGUGGAUGAGUUUACAGGGAGGAUAAUGGAGGGGCGGCGGUGGAGCGAGGGCGUGCAUCAAGCAGUGGAGGCGAAGGAGGGUGUGGCGAUCCAGAACGAGACAGUCAGUUUGGCCUCUAUCAGCUAUCAGAACUUCUUCUUGCAGUACCCCAAGCUGUGCGGCAUGACUGGCACGGCAGCCACAGAGGCAGACGAGUUUGAGAGUAUCUACAAGCUGGCUGUGGCCGAGGUCCCCACCAACCGACCUCUGCAGCGAAAGGACGAGCAAGACGUGGUGUAUCGCACUUCAGUGGGCAAGUGGAGGGCAGUUGUCGCAGAUGUGAAGGGGCGGCAUGCAGAGGGACGGCCGGUGCUGGUGGGCACCACGUCGGUUGAAAUCAGUGAGGCGCUAUCAGCCAAGCUGAAGGAGGCUAACGUCCCCCACCAGGUGCUGAACGCCAAGCCAGAAAACGUGGAGAGAGAAGCAGAGAUAGUGGCACAGAGCGGGCGAGUGGGGGCAGUGACGAUAGCAACCAACAUGGCUGGGCGGGGAACUGACAUUCUUCUGGGUGGCAAUGCUGAAUUUAUGGCCCGGCUCAAGCUGAGGGAGGUGCUCAUGCCCAGAGUGGUGAAGGCUGAUGACGUGGCGUUCAUAUUCCAAGGCAAAACGAAGAUUGCCGUCAAACGAACCUGGACGGUGCCGCCCAAUCUCUUCCCCUGUCCGCUCUCGCCUGACCUCACUGACGUUGUGAACGAGGCGGUGCAAGCAGCAGUGGAGGCGUGGGGGAGCAGUUCGCUCACAGCACUGGAGGCAGAAGACAGGCUGGCAUUCGCAUGUGAGAAGGGCCCCACAGCCGACCCUGUGGUGAAGCAAUUAAGGGCAGCCUUCGAGGCGGUGGAGGGGGAGUAUCGGCGAUUCACCGAGGAGGAGAAGCGGAAAGUGAUUGCUGCAGGAGGCCUGCAUGUGAUCGGCACAGAGCGGCACGAGUCACGACGUGUGGAUAACCAGCUACGUGGCCGCAGCGGGCGGCAGGGGGACCCAGGGAGCUCACGCUUCUUCCUGAGCCUUGAAGACAAUCUGCUGAGAGUGUUUGGGGGAGAGAGGAUCGACGGGCUGAUGAGGGCCUUCCAUGUGGAGGAUCUGCCCAUCGAGUCGCCGUUUCUGAACCGAGCGCUGGAGGAUGCGCAGAGGAAGGUGGAGAACUACUACUUUGACAUUCGCAAGCAGCUGUUUGAAUACGAUCAGGUGCUGAACAGCCAGAGGGAGCGGUUCUACUCGGAGAGGAGAAGAGCGCUGGAGACAGAGGAUCUGGAGGGGCUGAUGCUGGAGUAUGCACAGCUUACCAUGGACGACAUUGUCAAUGCAAACAUCGAUCCAUCGCUGUCACAGGAGGAGUGGAACUUCGAGGUUCUUACAAAGAAGGUCAAACAGUACUGUGCUCUGCUCACGGAUUUAUCAAUCGAUGACAUUAUCUAUCACAGCGACACUGUAGACACCCUAAGGGAUUACCUGCACCAACGCAGCAAAGACGCCUACUACACAAAGAAGGCAGAGGUAGAAUCGGCAGUCCCAGGGUUAAUGAGGGAUGCAGAGCGGUACUUUGUGCUCACUCAGAUGGAUCUUCUCUGGAAGGAGCAUCUGCAGGCGCUCAGGUUCACCCAGCAGGCCGUGGCUUUAAGAGGCUACGCGCAACGAGACCCUCUUAUCGAGUACAAGCUUGAAGGGUACAACCUGUUUCUCGCAAUGAUGGGGCAGAUUCGACGAAACGUCAUUUAUUCCGUGUAUCAGUUCAAUCCAGUCACAGUGAGUCAACCUGAGGGAGCACAACCGUCCAAGACUAGCUGA